GGCUGAAGCUGAACCCCCUUAUAAUGCUCCAAGCUCACUCUCUUGCCGGCGGACACAGACGGAGAUUCAAUUAUGCACUAUCUUCAUCUCGCGGUCAUCUUCCUUUUCAUCUGUCUUUUGAGAUUCCUGUACUCGGUCCUAUGGGUUCCAUGGAGAAUCCAAACCCACUUUAGAAAGCAAGGUAUAAGAGGGCCCGGGUACAGUCCGAUCUUCGGAACCAUCGCUCAAGUCCGCCGUCUGGACGCUGAAGCUCGGUCGAAGCCGAUUCCCCUUGACCACCAUGACGUGGUUCGCCGUGUGAUUCCGUUCUUCCACACGUGGUCGCGCAUUUAUGGGAAUACGUUCCUCUACUGGUUCGGGUCGACACCCAGACUCACGAUCACCGACCCAGAUAUGAUCAAGGAGAUUACCAUGAAUACGGACGGGUCUUUCGACAAAAUAGGGAAAAACCCUUUGGCCAAGGUGCUCUUCUCACAGGGACUCGUCGGGUUGACGGGAGAGAAAUGGGCUUUUCAUCGAAGAAUCGCAAAUCAGGCGUUUUCCAUGGAACGAGUCAAGAGUUGGGUACCAGAAAUCGUGUCCAGUAUUGAGAAAAUGUUUGAAAAGUGGGAAGAUAUACGAGGGGGGAGUGAAUUUGAGAUAGAAGUGAAAAAGGAACUUCAUGAUCUUUCAGCUGAUGUUAUAUCGAGAACAGCAUUUGGAAGCAGUUUUGAGGAAGGGAAACGGAUCUUUAUGUUACAAGAGCAACAAAUGGAACUCUUCUCACAAGCCAUAAGAAGUGUAUACAUACCUGGUUUCAGGUUUUUGCCUACUAAGAAUAACAAAAAAAGGUGGAGACUAGAGAAGGAAACCCGGGAAUCAAUACGAAUGCUGAUCAAGACUAAUAGUAAACCAAGAGAAAAUUCAACAAAUCUGCUUAGUCUUUUAAUGUCUUCUUAUAAAAAUCUGCAUGGUCAAGAAGAGAGGUUAGAAGAGGAGGAUAUAAUAGAUGAGUGCAAGACUUUCUACUUUGCAGGAAAGGAAACGACAGCUAAUCUCUUGACUUGGGCACUUAUACUUCUAGCAAUGCAUCCGGAGUGGCAGAGUAAGGCACGGGAGGAAGUAAUUCGUGUUUGUGUAGCUACAGAAUCUCCAAUUGCGGAAAAACUGAGUGAUUUGAAGAUUGUCAGCAUGAUUAUCAAUGAAACCCUCAGACUCUACCCUCCUGCUGUAAUGUUGAUGAGGAAAGCCUAUAAGAAUGUUAAGCUUGGAAGGCUUGAUAUUCCUGAUGGAACAGAGUUCUUCAUAGCCCUUGCUGCAGUUCACCGCGACGUGGAUAUAUGGGGAAAAGACGCCAACGAGUUCAAUCCUUCAAGAUUUAAAGAGCCUCGUAGGCAUUUGGCCUCUUUUCUUCCAUUUGGUAUGGGGCCUAAGAUUUGUGCUGGCCAAAAUUUAGCUUUAGUUGAGUCCAAAGUUGUCUUGGCAAUGAUUCUCCAGCGAUACUCUUUUAUGGUGUCACCAACAUAUGUUCAUGCACCAAUGCUAUUCAUCACCUUGCAGCCUCAGUAUGGAGCACCGAUCAUAUUCAACAGGAUUCUCAAAUGAAGAUUUGCCACUGUAACCCUGUGUUUUUACACUAUAAAAUAGAAUGUACCAUCAUAAUUGCUAGUUGGUCCCUACCCUGUAAUUUAUUAAAGUUCUUAUAGAUUGGAAGUUUGUAAGUUAGACCAGGAAAGAUUUGGAAAAGGGAUAGACAGUUUCCCUCUAAUUAUAUUUGUAAAUUUCCAUGUAUCAUAUUAGCGCAUGUUUGGUAUGAUUGGAAAUUUUGAUAGAAGUUUUCUUUUUUCAAGUAAUAUGUAAGAGUAGAACUCCCAACCUACUUGACUUC